UGAGGAGGUUGUGGCAGCGGCAGCGGGCGACAUGGACAACGCGGGGAAGGAGCGUGAGGCGGUGCAGCUGAUGGCGGAGGCUGAGAAGCGAGUCAAGGCCUCCCACUCCUUCCUCCGAGGGCUCUUUGGAGGAAACACAAAAAUAGAAGAGGCUUGUGAAAUGUAUACCAGAGCUGCAAAUAUGUUCAAGAUGGCUAAAAAUUGGAGUGGUAUUGACUUGUCUUCUUCAGCUGCAGGAAAUGCAUUUUGUCAGGCAGCCAAGCUCCAUAUGCAGCUUCAGAGCAAGCAUGAUUCUGCCACCAGCUUUGUGGAUGCUGGCAAUGCUUACAAGAAGGCAGACCCUCAAGAGGCUAUCAACUGCUUAAAUGCAGCCAUCGACAUUUACACAGACAUGGGAAGGUUUACGAUCGCAGCCAAGCACCACAUCACCAUUGCGGAGAUCUAUGAGACCGAACUGGUAGACAUCGAGAAGGCUAUUGCACAUUAUGAACAAUCGGCUGAUUAUUACAAAGGGGAAGAAUCCAACAGUUCAGCUAACAAGUGUCUGCUGAAAGUGGCAGCGUAUGCCGCCCAGCUGGAGCAGUACCAGAAAGCCAUCGAGAUCUACGAGCAGGUUGGGGCAAACACCAUGGAUAAUCCUUUGUUGAAGUACAGUGCAAAGGACUACUUCUUUAAAGCAGCCCUCUGUCACUUCAUAGUAGAUGAACUGAAUGCCAAGCUUGCUCUUGAGAAAUAUGAGGAAAUGUUUCCAGCAUUUACUGAUUCAAGGGAAUGUAAGUUACUGAAAAAACUUCUAGAAGCUCAUGAAGAACAGAACAGUGAAGCUUACACUGAAGCAGUGAAGGAAUUUGACUCAAUAUCUCGCUUAGAUCAGUGGCUCACGACCAUGUUGCUUCGUAUCAAAAAGUCCAUCCAAGGGGAUGGAGAAGGAGACGGGGACCUGAAGUGAACAUUUAUGUCUUUGUGGCAUGCAGCUGACUCCUCUUUAGUUUCAUGUUAGGGCCACAUGAUCUUUAUGGGAUGCCCAUUUAAUGGCUUGCUUCUGUUGCACAUGAGCCAAACCAUCUGUGUGUUUAAGCUCCCUGUGUUUGUGUCUUCGUGAAGCGGAUGGCUUGGAAGCUCCUGUGCAUAUUGUGGGUGUGAUGGGCUAUUUCAUGCUUGUCAGAGCCCCCAGAGUUUUCUGAGAACUACUUCAGAAUCUUUUUCCUGUUAUUUUGAUAUUUGCAGAGCCCGUGUUCAA